AGCGACAGAGAGCGCGGAGAGCAAACCGAGGCGAGCCGCCUCCUCCACAAUAAAAGACAAGCCCCAGUUCGAAGAGAGAGAAAUAUUCCCCUUUUGUUCUUCCCUAAAUGCCCCUGCCCUUCCCUCCCGUCCCUAUCUGCCCCUCCACCUCCCUCCUAUCCUCACCGCCAGCUAAGAAUAGUUGGAGGUUACAUCAACUCAGUAUUAGAAAGUGAAAUUGUAUCAAGCCGUCCCCAUGGCCGCCGUCUGAUAGACUCCGUCCGGCCUCCGCCGCCUCCGCCACCGGAAGAUGGUCAUCAGAGGGCGCUCCGGGAAGCGGAAGACCGGGACGGUACCCGUGUAUCUCAACGUCUACGAUCUGACCCCGAUCAAUGUCUACGCCUACUGGCUCGGCCUCGGAGUCUACCACUCCGGCGUCCAAGUGCACGGCGUGGAGUUCGCGUACGGGGCGCACGGCCACGCGACGACGGGGAUCUUCGACGGGGAGCCGCGGCAGUGCCUGGGGUUCGUUUUCCGGAAGUCGAUCCUGAUCGGGCGCACGGAUCUCGGGCCACGGGAGGUGCGGGCUCUCAUGGAGGAGCUCGCCACGGAGUACACAGGCAACACCUACAACCUCAUCUCCAAGAACUGCAACCACUUCUGCAACGAUGCCUGCCUUCGCCUCACCAACAAGCCCAUCCCCCGCUGGGUCAAUCGCCUCGCCAAGAUCGGUGCUUUUCCGUUUACAGUAGAUAAAUCUCCUUUUUCGAUCCAAAAUUUCGAUUUUUCGGAGGUUUCUGAGGGUCUAUUGGUCGAAAUCUCUAGGUUUUCUUUUAAAUUGCGUGCUGCCGGUGCAAGUGGCGGCGGUGAGGAGUCGGGGAGAGGAAGCCAGGGGAAACCGAGAAGGGGAGAAGGGGAAGCUGAGGAGCAACUCCACUCGAUUCCCUCCUCCCACCACGGCUUCUUCCACUACUACUGUGGCAUCCAUUUCCACAGUUCCCUCUUCGGGGACAACUAGAAGCCAUAGAAGGAAUCGGCGCUCUUCAUCACCUUCUUCUCUAUCUGGGGUUUCCUCCACCUCAAAGGUCUAAUCGCCGCCGCCGGCGAAGGCGGCGACGGCGGCGAGAGUUGUGUAAAAGAAAAAAAAAACUAUUUCCUUUCUUUUAAAAAAAAAUACUUUCUUUGUAUUUUUUUCUCUUUUUCUUGACUGCUUCGUUAAAUGCUACAGCUGUCUCCAUCUCACUAGAUACUGGAUUUUGUCUUACUUUUUAAUUUAAAAAAA